GCCAACCCUGCUCUCUGCUCUUCUCCUAGGACCGAAUCCAGAAGCUUCUGGACCCUCCCCUGCUGCAGCACCGGACCCCUCCCCACAGCUCCUUGAAGGGGAGCAGAUCGCCCAGGGGUGCUGCUUUGGGACUGGGGGACGAUGGUGCCCCUGGGCAGCCCUUCUCUUGCUGUCUGCGCCUCCAGCAACCUGCACCUCGUGGCCCCUGGCCGCAGCUCCCCUCUGGCCUGGCUGAAUCGGGGUCCCGAGUGCCCGCGGGAGCUGGGGGGCAGCCGGGGCAGAACCCCCAGCGCCGUGGAGCGGCUGGAGGCCGACAAGGCCAAAUACGUCAAAUCGCAGCAGGUCAUCAACAGCCGGCAGGAGCCGGCGCUGCGGGGCUGCUCUCCUCGCUUCUCCCCCCGCGGCCGGCGCCUCCUGGCCCGCCAGCAGUGCACUGAGCUGAGCCCGGGCUCGGAGCUGGGCCGGGAGGGUGCCCGGAAGCUGCCGUGUCCGCAGUCUCCCGUGUCGCGCCGGGCCGGCGGCAGGCGCCUGCUGAGACCGGACUCCCUCAUCAUCUACCGGCAGAAACGAGACUGCUCGGCCGGGGACAAGGAGAACACCAAGAGCUCCGGGCUGGUGCGGCGCCUCUUCCAGGGACACCUCAGAGACAAGCCCCCCAGCUCCCCGCCGGCCAACAGGCUGCGUGAGGGACCUGCAGCCCCCCAGAGCCCAGAGACCCCCAUGCUGUGGGUGUCCGCGGAGAAGAAGGAGGCGAGGAGGCGAGGUGCCAGCAGCGGGGGCAGCGGUGACAUCUUCGCCCUGCCUGGCAGCCCCGCGGCGCAGCCCCCCGAGCCCCCCAGCAAGCAGGCGCUGGCGCUGCGCCUGUCGGAGCAGGAGAGGUUCUUCAACUACUGCGGGCUGGACCGGGCGCUGGUGGAGCUGCUGGGCCGGGAGCGGUUCGGGCCGGCGGGUUGGGACACCGCCUCGGCUCGGCUCCCCGGCUCCGGCGAGUCCGAGCCCGGGCAGGCCUCGGAGGUCAGCGAGGGUGACGCGGAGCCAAGCGAAGAGGAGCCGGAUGCGCGGCUGGGCUCCGCCGUCUCGGUGGUGGAACGCAACGCCCGGGUCAUCAAAUGGCUCUACGGCUGCCAGAGAGCCUGGGCGGCUGCCAAGGAGUCCACCGUCUAGCAGAGGCAGCCCGGCUGGGGACAAGGACAUCCGUGUGGCUCCCACCGGCUGGAUGUGGCCCUUCCCCAGGGACGAUGGGCUGGUGGCAUCCAUGGUCCUGGUGCCACGGGGCUGCUGUUGGCUGGGAGGUAGCCCAGCCCCAGGGCUCAGCGUGCUGGGGGCACCUGAGGGG